AUGGGCCGGGCCAAGCAGGCUCGUUUCAGCCGGAAAAAAACCGGGCCCGCGUACACAUCGGCAUCUCCGGCGCCGCGGAUUCCUUCUCCGUCCGUCCUUUCGUCGCGGCGCAUCCGAUGGGGAAACGCGGACAUAGACUGGCUUGAGUUUUUCAGGACCGGAAACCCAGAGCCACUGGAGACAAUGCUCUCGCCGCCGCCGGCGCCCGCCGCUCUGCCCCCUAGAGAAGUUGCCGUUGUAGAGAAGCCAUCUAUUUUUUUUUUUUGCCAUGGCUUGGGCUCAAACGACUCAGACUCAUCUGGACGACAAGUUUGGGCAGAUCUUGCGGACAGCCUGCUUCACCUAAUCAUUGUCCUCUUUAGCUCAUUCCAUGACUUCCUUGCUGUUAAUAGCACCUGCCGCUCUUGGCGUGCUACAAUUUCUUCCUUCCCACCCAUAUAUCACUUCUCCUUCCCACCUCUCUUUGUCAACACAGGCCUUCAUUAUACUCGUCGGCAUAUGGGCGACUCCAAUUCCUGCUACAACCCUUUAUCUAACUACAAAUGGCAGCUUCGUGAUCCUGCGAAGACAAAUUUAUCCCUUCGUUGUUCAGCACCCCGACAUACUCCAUAUUAUGUGCGCUAUUUGGGCUGCUCAGAUGGGUAUUUGAUCUUGUACUGUGAGGAACAAUGCUUCCUUGUCGAUGUGUACACUAGUACUAUGGUGAAGCCCCGUAAAUUUCGACGCAGUGACAACUCUAAAAUCUACUAUGGCGUCAUUACGGCUCCUCUCAGUUCGCCCAACUCGUGCCUCCUCCUUUUCUCGAGAAAGUAUAUGUUCCGGUGGCAAGUUGGAACAAAGACCUGGACGGUGCACCCUCUCGUUGCUGGACGCAUUCAUCAAAUUGUGUCCUUGAAAGGUCAGAUGUUGGCCAUGGACUCUCUUAUAAAGCUCAAUACCAUUUCCUUGGCACCUCAGCUUAGCAUGCCGGAACUACCAGUUGUGUGGGGAGAGGACAUGUUCGCUGGCUUGCUUAAAAAACCAUGGUUGGUGGUCUGUGGUGACAUGCUUCUCAAGGUUGACCUCUCAAUACAUGAUCUCAAAUUCUGCUUUCAAGCCUACCGCCUGGACUUAUCAGUCAGACCCGCUAAGUGGGCGAAGAUGAAGAAGUUGGGAAAUUGGGCUCUCUUUCUUAGCCUUGAUAGGAGGACCUCUACAUUUUCUUGCUUGAACCCUGAAAGAUGGGGCGGGAAGAGUAAUUUCAUUUACGUUCCGAGCAGAUCCAAAGAUUCCAACGAACCUUGGAUUGAGGUAGAGCUUGGUCAGUUAAUGUCCAGGAGAUCCCAUCCCAUUUCAUACAUUCUCGGACGCAAAAGCAAGCAGCUGGAGAGCUUCUGGGUGCUACCCAGUUUGGUGUAUGGUGUCAGCGAGUGA